AAGCGGCAAUCGCCGACUGACUAAGAAAGCUGCGCGAUCGGGCGUUAGACGCGUUCCUCCUCUCUCCCCGACCAUAUCGAACAGCGUGGUACGUCGAACGCAUAUCUGGUUAGUGGCCAUUCAUCAAAGGAUAGGUCAACGUGAUACUCAUCAGCACCACAGGAAGACCUGAGAACUUAGUGACGCUUGCACAGACUCGCGUUGGUCACCUAGAGACCGACUUCAGAGCGUUUAACGUCCAGUCUUAUUCUGACCAAUCAUGAGCACCACAAAUCUCGAAGAAGCGGCUUCAGUAGCCGCUGAAUUCGUAUCCAGUCUUGAUAAUUUACCGCAAGAGGUUCAAUUCCUGCUUGCAGAAAUGAAACAUAAAGAUACAAGGACACAAGAGCUUCAACAAGAAAUUAACAAUGCAAGUUCAAAGUACAUCCGUCACUCCGUGAAGUCUGCAAACGGGACCGCACAACUAUCUAGCAAAGAUACGAAUAUACCUGCCAUUGUCAAGGCAAAUUACGCCGAGAUUGAUCGGCUAGCCGCAGAGAAACAACGACUCUCGGAGCGCAUCGUUCAGCUUAUCACCAGAGCUCGCGCUCGUUUGGAGCACGAUCUGAACAAAGUUCUGAUACUGCAGGGCGACCUUGAACCCACAAUACAAGGUUCAUAUCUUGCUCACGGAACGCGGAACCCUGUCCAUCAGGUGCUCGAUCUGUUGAAGGGCGCCAGCAACAUCGUAUCUAUUUCUGAAGUACCUGCAACGCCCACGCCCACAGGUGCAGCUGCCCAUCCCACCAAGAGACGGAAGCUGGGCAGUACAACAUCAUCUACGGUUUCCAUCAAGUUACCGAGCCCCGCCCCUGUGGCGGCAUCGAGCGCAGCCAGUAGUGCGGCUGCGAGUCAUAGAUCUCGUCUGUCACAACAAGUCGCACGCCAAUCACCUGCGCGUCAACAACGUAGUAGCGGUCGGGUUACUGCUUCUGUUGAGUUAGAAGCAGAUCAAGACGCAGAAGGUGAAGAAGAUCUCGAAGAGAACGCUGAAGAUAAUGGUGAAGUGGAAGACCAGGAGUUGUACUGUUUCUGUCAGAAGCUCUCGUACGGAGAGAUGGUUGCUUGCGACAACCCCAACUGUCGUUACCAAUGGUUCCACUUACCAUGUGUAAACCUCAAACCGCCUCUGCCACACGUCUGGUAUUGCUCCGAAUGUGCAAGUCAAUUUGGCGGCGUUACGACCACGACAGGGACAGCUAGCGGUGGUGCUUCUGGGGGUGGUGGCGGAAGUAGUGGGUCCGGACAACGCAAAGGACGCAAAAAGUAAUCCCAUUGGGUCGCUCUUCCCGCUGUACGUCAGUCCGACGUCCGCUGGAAGGUCUAGGUUCUUUUCGCUCCGUCCUCCGGAAAUAGCGUCGCAAGGGAUGUUCAAAGCUUCACGCUCUGAACUCACAAUUCGACGCGCGUUUCCUUUGAAAGGGUGAAACUGUUUGUAUUAUGACGCUUGUAUUAUAGGAUGUGUUGUAUUCAUGUGGAUUCUCAGGGAAUGGAGAACAUUGUGUUCGGUAUUAUGACGCCGCUGUACUACUACUAGUUUACUAAUUUUACCAUGACAACCACUUUAGCCCGACGU